CGUCUUCUCACAAUCAAUCAUCGAUCUUUUUGUCUGUCUCAAACCCGUUCAGCUUUUCUUUUCCUAUUACAAAAUCCAAAUCCAUUUUUUUCACUCGUUUUCUCUCCCCUUCUGUCAUUUUUUGGGCCGUUGAUUCCUCAAUUUUCGCUCUCUUGUCUCCCCGCUGCACCGUUCUUCGCCAUAUUUAUUUAUAUUUUUGUUUCCCCCCUUUGCUGUCGAUUCGUUUGUUCAAUUAAUUUUGGUCACAGUGGUAAUUGGGCGGACGAGCACCUGCUUGAUACCCGUGUUUGACAUGGCAUGGGUAUGUUGUUUCUAGGGCUCGAUCAAUUGGAGGAAUGAGGGAUCGUGUGCUCGUGGAUUAGGUUUUCGGCUCAAGGAUGUAGUUCGGGGAGAUAAGAGAAUUUCUCGAUCGAUUAAUAUUUAAUUUAUGUGAUUUCUUGGAUCUGCUGUGGGGUCCUGGAUUUCAUAAUAUUUUUGUGGUGGUUUUGGAGUCUUGAGCUUGUUUAUUAUCUGGAAAUUUGUUUUCUUCUCGGAUUAAGGCUGGAUUGCUGAAAAUUUUCUUUUGGAUUUAUUAUUAAUUUUGGAAUUUGGGUUUGUUUGGUGUUCUUCGAUUGCCAUGGAUCAUAUUGUUGGAGGAAAGUUUAAAUUUGGGAGGAAAAUUGGGGGCGGUUCAUUUGGUGAACUCUUUUUAGGUGUGAACAUACAGAAUGGAGAAGAAGUAGCCAUUAAGCUGGAACCCGUGAAGACCAAGCACCCUCAACUUCAUUACGAGUCUAAAAUCUAUAUGCUUCUACAAGGAGGAACUGGAAUUCCCAACUUAAAAUGGUUUGGAGUCGAGGGAGAAUAUAACAUCAUGGUGAUCGACCUUCUGGGCCCAAGUCUUGAAGAUCUCUUCAACUAUUGUAACAGGAAGUUCUCCUUGAAAACAGUAUUGAUGCUUGCAGAUCAACUGAUUAACAGAAUCGAGUAUGUCCAUUCAAGAGGGUUUCUUCACCGUGACAUAAAACCUGACAAUUUCUUGAUGGGCUUGGGUCGCAAAGCUAAUCAGGUUUACAUCAUCGACUUUGGACUAGCCAAAAAGUAUAGAGAUCUUCAGACUCAUAAGCACAUACCAUAUAGGGAAAAUAAGAAUCUCACUGGUACAGCUCGGUAUGCAAGUGUCAAUACACACCUUGGAGUUGAACAAAGCCGAAGGGAUGAUUUGGAGUCUCUCGGUUAUGUCCUAAUGUAUUUUCUGAGAGGAAGCCUACCUUGGCAGGGACUUAAAGCUGGCACGAAAAAGCAGAAAUAUGACAAGAUAAGUGAGAAGAAAAUGCUGACUCCUAUAGAGGUACUGUGCAAAUCUUAUCCAUCGGAGUUCAUAUCUUAUUUCCACUAUUGCCGGUCGUUGAGAUUUGAGGACAAGCCAGAUUAUUCAUAUUUGAAAAGGCUUUUCAGGGACUUAUUCAUUCGUGAAGGGUAUCAAUUUGACUAUGUGUUCGAUUGGACCGUACUGAAGUAUCCUCAGACGGGCGCAAAUUCCAGACCUAGAAAUCCCACUGGCAAUGCUAUUGCUGGAACUUCUGGCGAGAGGCCGGGAAAGACAUCAGUGGGGCUGGGGCAAGAUAUCCGCGAUAGAUUUUCCGGCGCCGUCGAAGCUUUUUCUAGAAGAAACGCCUCAAGCUCUGGCCGGCAUGGCGACUAUUCCAGACGCAGGACAUCAGAAGAUGUACCUUCAUCAAAAGACGUGCAACUCGACUCGGAAAAAGCCAGCACAUCGCGGAACGGGAGCUCCUCAAAGAGGGCUGCCGUUUCGAACAGCAGACCUAGUUCAUCAGGCGAGCCCUCCGACGGCCGGACUGCCAGGCUGGCCUCAAGCAGCGGCCGAUUGUCCACAACCCAAAGAAACCAACCGGGCUUCGAGCUAAAGCCACCAUUGUCGUAUGCUCGCGCCGGAGCCACAAAAAGCUCCCGUGAGGACCCUCUUCGAAGCUUCGAGUUCCUGUCCAUCAGGAAGUAACCUGGUAUGGUCUUUGUAAACAGAUAAUGUCAAGGGCCAUUAAGAAAUUCGAAAUUCCUGUGUGCGUGUCAUGUAAAAAUGACUUUGGUGUACUUGAAAUACUCUGUUCUUGGAUCCCUUUUCUCUUGUGGGGUUUUUGAUAUGAUUUUCACUGUUGUAAUGCUAUAUUUGUAUGUAUGUUCUCAUCCAAGGUACUGAUGAGUGAGUUACUGAAUUGUAUCUCUACUUUUACAAGACAAGCAAGCUUAUUUACA